GUGUAAACCAUCCUGUGCUUGUGGAAAUAUCCUCUCUUCCAGUUCAGUGCUUGAUUCUCUUCACAAAAUAAUUUACUUGAAUUUCGAUACUGAAGAAUUAGAAGUUCCAAUUCUUGAUACACAGCACAUGCCAUUGUUUUGUUGUUGAAUGCUUUUUUCUUCUUAUUGGAUAUGUCAGAUCCUAAGAAAACCAUCCAAUCAAAUUCCUGUUUGAUAGAGAAGAAGAAGAUGGAUCAGUUGGAUAAAUUAAGCAACUUACCAACUGGUGUUACACACCAGAUUUUGUCAUACUUACCUAUAAAGCAGGCAGUGAGGACAAGUAUAUUAUCGAGUGACUGGAGGUACAAAUGGGCUCAGCUUCCGUGUCUUGUGUUUGAUGAUAAAAGUGGAUAUCCAAUUGCAAAGGCUGUGGAUCAUGUGCUGUUACUUCAUAGUGGCCGCAUUGACACUUUCAAGCUUUCUACUUUUAACUAUCCAGCCCAUAGGGAUAUAGAUAAAUGGAUUGCUCAUCUAUCAAGAAACAAUGUCAAAGUGUUCGUACUGAAAGUAUGGAAGCAGUCUCCCUACAAUGUGUUUUCCGGCUUCUUUUCUUUUAAAGAUUUGACUCAUUUAGAGUUAUGCAAUUGUUUGCUUAAACCUCCAACGACAUUCAAAGGCUUCAGGAUGUUGAAGAGCCUUCAUCUUCAAGAAGUUAAAGUGUCCGGAAAUGUGUUGGGAAAACUAAUUGCUUGCUGUCCUCAGCUUGAGAGAAUAAUUCUAUGUGACUUAAAGGGAAUCACUGAUGUCACUAUUGAUGCACCAAGUAUCCGGUUCCUUAGAGUUAAAGGCAGUUUUGAGGAUGUUCAACUAGCAAAUACCUUAAAUCUUGUUGAUGUUUCAAUUGACUGGAAACAAGUUUCUACAAUCAGUUCUGGCAAAUUGCUCAGGUAUUUUUUUGAACUGCCUCGUAUUGAAAGGCUCACACUUAAGGAUGGCUUUUUAGAGUAUGCUGCUGGUUCCUUGACCAAGAAGCUGCUGCCUAAACCAUGUCUAUGUCUGAACUUUCUUUCUAUAAGAAUACGCUUGAAUAAUUUGGACGAGAUUUUAACUGCUAUCCACCUUAUGAGAAGCGCACCUGCUCUACAAGAACUAAACAUUUUGGUUCGAAAAGGAGAAGAGACUAAUGAUGGAGAAGCAACCUAUUGUUUAAGUGACAAACAGAAUUGGGAAUUCACCCAACUGCAACGAGUGAAAGUAACCGGCUUCUCUGGUGUCAAAGCAGAAGUAGACUUCAUUGAAUUUCUGUUAUUAACCUCACCUGGUCUUCAAGAACUAGAAAUUUCAUUUUGUCAAGAUGUGGAAGAAGUGGACUUUUCUUGGUUAGAUGACAACCAGAAGACUUGUGCAUUCACACAACUGCGAGUUGUGAAAGUAACUGGCUUCUCUGGUGUCAAAGCCGAAGUAGAUUUCAUUAGAUUUCUGCUUUCAAGUACUUCACAAAUGCUUGAGAAAAUUAUUCUUCAACCUGCUUCUGCCAAAGUUAAUUGGGAAGUAUUUAAAUUAUUGCCGGCGUUCAGACGCGACUCAUUACAUGCAGAUUUAAAGCUCUUGGACCCAUCAAUUCAUGUACAGGAUUCUGAUGACUCAUCUUCUGACUCCGACUCUGAUAUGGAUUACUGGUGAACAAUUCCUGAUUGCUACUGAAGAUUCUUGUUUUGGACUUUUGGUACAUGUAGGUCUUCAUUUUUUGAGAAAUUUGCCAAAAAAACUUUCUAGUUUGCUUCGUAAAUGCCUGAGAUGGUUUUGUAAUUAAUGCAAAAAAUAUGUGCUUCAUUCAUGUCAUAUUAGUAAUGGUUUUGUAUACGUACAUAUAUUUUAUUUGUUCGAUCAUGCAUGCUUUAUGGCAUUGCUAUUAGGAUCUUGAAACUUUGUGCAAGUCUGGGGAGACUGUACGUCUGUCAAAGUGGAGCUGAGGCAGAUGCUAGAAAUAUCAUCCAAGCAUUGUCGCGAGGAGGCAGAGGGGGGUAUGGAGGAGGCUCGCUCAAGUUUCUCAGAUUUUGCAGCAGCCAUUUUGUACAUAUGCCCCAAGAGUUAAUGAUGUUGCACAGUACUCCAUUAGGCAUGCACUACUUAUGGAGGAGUGCGCAGAUUUGGAAUGAAUCCAGUCCGUUGUGGCUGGAAGGUAUUGUAGAGAGGCAGACAUGCAUGCUGCAUUUGAGUUACAUUUUCCAGGAGGAAAUUAAGUUCUCACACAAGUGAGGUUCUUGUUAUUACUUGACCGGCCAAAACAACAUUUCGCCUAUGCUCUUCUGAUAGAUUGGGGCCAAAAGGCCAAAAACGAAAACACAAUUUGGGGUUACACAUGCAAGUUAUCAACGAUCACCGAACCAAGAGGU